UAUUGGAUUAUGCAAGAAUGCUGGUUUUCAAUGACUCCAACUCAGCACAAACCUCUUUUCCCACAUCUUAAAAAAAAACAAAUCAAUAACUUCUAAGUAGAGAACCAAACAAUAUAUAAAUGGUUAUCAAAAUAAUCACGUUUUCAGAAAACCAUUCUCGUGUGACCAGAAAAACACCAGAAAAAAAUGAGUCUCUUAGAUCUGGAAAAACACUUCGCCUUCUAUGGUUCUUAUCACAGCAACCCAAUCAACAUUGUAAUUCAUGUAUUCCUUGUUUGGCCUAUCCUCUUCACCGCUCUUCUUUUCCUCUACUUUACUCCUCCUAUUUUCUCUCCUUCCCAAACACUCCUUAACUAUAUUCCCUCUGUCUUGAUUUUCAACUUCGGUUUCUUCUAUGCUGUUUUCUAUGCUCUCUUCUACGUUGCUUUGGAUGUUAAAGCUGGUUCGUUUGUUGCUCUUCUUACUUUACUUUGUUGGGCUGGUUCCAGUUUCGUCGCGAAUUCCAUCGGCUUCGAACUCGCCUGGAAGGUUGUGUUGGGUGCUCAGUUGUUUUGUUGGUCAGGACAGAUUUUUGGACAUCUUGUGUUUGAGAUUCUUCAAACAACGAUUGGAUAUGAACCAUAUCCUGGAUUUGAGACAAAGGUGAAGGCAAGGACAGAUGCUAAUAUCAAAGCAUGGAAGGCCAAGCAGCAAAAGAAACUUGCUUAGUUUGAAAAAGUUAUAUGCAAAUGUUUUGUGAUAGAACAUUUCUAUGGGAAUAAAGAAAAAUAAUAAUUUGCAGGAGACAAGAUAAGAUUAAUGUUGUUUAUGUAUUUGGGGAUAGUGUUGGAUUUUGGUUGAUUUGUGUUUGGGAAUGAUAUUAUUAAUUUGUUUACCCUUUGUUUUUCUGAGAGAAAAUAAAUGAAGGGGGAAUGUAUUAUCUUCUCUUGUAUGGUUGCAGUGAGAAAGUAAGGAAGGAGAAAAACUAAUUGAUGCGGGAUCCACAUCAAAGGUUUUUUUCUCUUAGAGAAUGCUAGUACUACUUAUUAUCUUUUGGGGGGAAAAAGACUCACAUUUACAAUUUUAUCCAAUUAUAUAUCUCAUCUAUGUUAGGUUUGAA